ACACCUCGUGGCUGCUACACUGUGCCUCUCUUACCAUGUAAUAAAUUUAGCAGUGCAGUGUGUAAUUUUGGUGUCUGUCUGUGUGUGUGGUAUUUGAGAGAGUCUACGGCACUGAAAUACAACAUGCAUGUAAGUAGGACCGGAUAAGUGAGCAUGCAAGCAAGAUUUGUCUGAUAGGAGAUUUAAUCAUUCUAAUUCAGAUAGAGAUAGAGAGAGAGAGAGAGAGAGAGAAAGCUGAAUGCUGAAGCUGUGUAGGGUUACAGACUCGCUGUUCAUCAGCAAUGCUCGCUCAGCCUGCAGUGACGAGCUCCUCCAGAAGGAGGCAGUCACCCUCUGUAUCAACGUGUCCCAGCAGCAGCCGUGUCCCACUUCAGCCCGGAUCAGCACUCUGCGCGUGCCGGUGUACGACGACCCCAACGAGGACCUGCACUCGCACUUUGACCGCUGUGCUGACGUCAUACUCUGCGAAGAGGCGCGCGGUGGCCGCACCGUCGUCUACUGCAAAAAUGGCCGCAGCCGCUCGGCUACAAUUUGUAUCGCGUAUCUCAUGAAGCACCAGAGCCUGUCCUUAACUCAGGCGUACGAGAUGGUGAAGAGCGCCCGAUCGGUAGUGGAGCCAAACCCAGGCUUUUGGGCUCAGCUUGAGCGAUACGAGCAGGAGCUGCAGAACAGGAGAGCAACAGCAGAACACAGAGGUGUACGGUUCGGCCAGCUUUCCCUACAGCGACUAUUUCACAGAGGACAUACGUCACGAAAGAAAUGCAACGUAUCAUAA